AUGGGCAUCUGCAUGAGCACCAACAACGACGAUGUCGAGCAGAAGAAACGCAGCCAGGCCAUUGACCGCAAGCUCGAGGAAGACUCGCGACGGUUACGGCGGGAAUGCAAGAUCCUGCUGUUGGGCUCCGGAGAGAGCGGAAAGUCGACCAUCGUCAAGCAGAUGAAGAUCAUACAUCAGAACGGCUACACGCAGGAAGAGCUCGCCAUGUACCGCCUGACCAUAUACAAAAACGUCAUCGAUUGCGCAAAAGCCCUCAUUGGCGCCAUGCGACAAUUCGAC